CGGGUUCAAUCCCAAUUCCUCCUUGCCAAGUGCACUAGGUGGACUAAGGUGUGUAACAGACACACGCCCUAGUGCACUCACUGUUCAGGUGGGAGCUGUUUGGGACUCAGCCAAGACAAUUUCUGUACGUCUGAAGCUUCAUUAUUGUCACAUCUUCUCUCCUUGUGCAUGUGGCUUUCCUCAAGGUUUCAUCCAAGCUUCCAGAAGGUGGAUUGGUGACUCCUUCCUCUUCUCAUCCAGGGUUUUUCGAGUGCAUACAGACCAGGCUCAAGGGUUUACUUAUUUAUCACCUAGCAAUUCAGAACUACUUUAACACCCGAUGCCACGCCGGAGCUCUGAGGAUCAGGAGAUGUUUGCUCCUGGUCCAGCGCUGACUUCCUCUUCUAUCCUCGGGAGCACUGGAAUGCACCCAGUUCCUGACAGGGCAACCUGUCUGAAGCUUCCAGUGCAUGUCAAAAAAAAUCUCAUUUAUUGUCACAUCUUCUCUAUUUGGGCAUGUGGAUUUCCUCCAGGUUUCAUCCAGACUUCCUAAAACAUGUCAGAAUGUGGAUUGGUGACGCCGUGAACUGUCCUUAAGAUGACUUCCUCGUCCGGUCCAGGGUGGAUACAGGCCAAGAUCAAGUGUUUACUGUCCAUAUAACAAUUCAGAACUACUUUAACACCUGAUGCCACAUCAGAGCUCUGAGGAUCAGGAGAUGUUUGGUCCUGAUCCAGCGCUGACUUCCUCUUCUGUCCCGGGAGCACUGGAAUGCACCCAGUUCCUGACAGGGCAACCUGCAUGCUUACAUUCACACUUAGGGACAAUGUAGUCCAGUCAAAUCCACAUCCUGGCAUGUUUUUGUGAAGUGGAAAGAAACCAGAGAACCUAUAAGAGUCCCACACAGACACUGAAGAACGUGGGAAACGUCCCACAGAACCCUGGAGCUCUGAGGCGAUGGCGCUACCUGAUGUACAACGCACAAUACAGAAUUCCCUCUGGCGAGACCCGACCUCUGUGGGAAAUGGGUGGCGGCGAUGAAGAGGCGCAAUUUCAAACCCACCAAAUACAGCAACAUCUGCUCACAGCACUUUACCAAAGACUGCUUCAAACGCGAAUGCAACAACCGGGUGCUGAAGGAAAACGCCGUGCCUUCACUGUUCAGUUUGACUAAGCUACAAAUGAAGGCUCAGUCGCCAGAGGAAGCCAUCACUCCAAAUCCGAGCUUCUCCCUGCCUCCACCCAUCACACACAUGCCGGAAGCUGACGUCCUGCAAACCUCACACCCCCGACCCUCCUCUCCAACCUCCUCCAGCUCCGUCCCAGCUCCGUCCCCGUCUCCGUCCGCCCCUCUGAAAGAGGAGGAUCCCCUGAGAGCGAGCGCCUUCGUCUCCUGCGACCACAACUACACGGUGGACGACAUGGUGCAGCAGAAGAGGCGGGUGGAGCAGCUGGUGGAGCAGCUGAACAAACUGCGCAGGAAGCUGAAGACGCUGCGGCAGAAGUGCAGGAGACAGGAGAGGCAGCUGGAGCGCUUCCGAGCCAUGGAGGAGAUCUCCAAAAGCGGGAACGACCUGGAACUCGGACAGAGCUACGUCAUCCUGCCCAGAGAACUCCUCAGCAUGAAAGGCAUCCACACCGUCGAGGGUUUGUGAGACUUUGUGAGAGUCCGGUUUGUGUUUCACCGAUUCAUCGAGUGCCAUAAUGGCCAGGUCUUUUUUAUUAUUAUUAUUAUUAUUAUUAUUAUUAUUAUUAUAAUUUUUACAUUAUAACACAAAUUAUUUCUGUUGAUUCGACGUGUCGCAGCAUAUCUCCUUGAAUGUAACACAGCAUUAGUGACGAAGCUCGUCAGAGCCGUCUCUCGAAAGACUCCAAUGUUACCUGACACCCCAGGAAGCUCCACCCGUUUAAGAUGUUAAACGAAGUCUAUCACAACAGGUUCGACUCGAUCCAAACGAUCAGAUAGGUUUAACGUCGACAAAAUAUUUUGGGCCACACACAAAGGGCUGGAAAGUUUCAACGAAAAAGAGUAGGCUUUCAACAAAGGGAUAAUGAUGCUGUUCAAUGAUGGCGUGUUUAAUUAGAAUUUAAGUGAUAUAAAUGAUCAUAUAGACAGUGAUGAGAUUUUGAUAGUGAUAAAAAAAAAAAACAGAUAGAGGAUAACUGUCGCACUUUAUCUUCUUCAGAUCAGAUCUGGAAACAGAGAUCAUGUUUUCUUUUUUAAUAUCAGUAUUUUUAUUAUUCAUUUUGCUUUAUUUCUUGAAUUUGGUGUUACUGAGUUCCAGGAUAUAUCCACAUUUUAUUUCUAAUAAUCGGCCUUUUUUUUUUUUUUUACUAGUAAUAUAGAUUAUAGACUUAUUUAUUUAAAAAAAAACAUGAAGGUUGCAAUUUUUUUUAUUACUAUUAUUAUUAGUAGUAAUAGUAUAUUAUUUUUUAUUUUAUUUUAUUUUCCCUCCCCAAUCCCCUUCCUUAACUUCACUUUCUAUUACUUUAAAUAAUCCAUUCCUUUAUAUACUUGACUACAAAUCAUGACUCCACCUGCCUUUCUGCUUAGCUUUGUGUUGAUUUUAUAAAUACGUCACUGCUUCCUUUGUCAAAUACACCGAUCAGGCAUAACAUUAUGACCGCUGACAGGUGACGUGAAUGAGACUGAUGAUCUCCUCAUCAUGGCACCUGUUAGUGGGUGGGAUAUAUUAGGCAGCAAGUGAACAUUUUGUCCUCAAAGUUGAUGUUAGAAGCAGGAAAAAUGGACAAUCGUAAGGAUUUGAGCGAGUUUGACGAAGGGCCAAAUUGUGAUGGCUAGACCACUGGAUCAGAGCAUCUCCAAAACCGCAGCUCUUGUGGGGUGUUCCCGGUCUGCAGUGGUCAGUAUCUAUCAAAAGUGGUCCAAGGAAGGAACGGUGGUGAACCGGAGACAGGGUUAAGGGGCGGUCAAGGCUCAUUGAUGCACGUGGGGAGAGAAGGCUGGCCCGUGUGAUCCGAUCCAACAGACGAGCUACUGUUGCUCAAAUUGCUGAAGAAGUUAAUGAUAGAAAGGUGUCAGAAUACACAGUGCAGGACGGGUCAGGGCUGUUUUGGCAGCAAAAGGGGGACCAACACAAUAUUAGGCAGGUGGUCAUAAUGUUAUGCCUGAUCUGUGUACAUUAUUACAUGUUCACUUUAAAUAGGUCACAGUGCCGGUUUUAGUCCUUUAGUAUUUGUUGUUUGUUUGAGAACUUUGUCAGUUUGUGCACAUACAUGGACCACAACAUGGACCUCGUCUACUAACCUCUGUUAAAAAAAAAAAAAUCUACGUAUAAUUAUCUGUUGUGGUUGAAACAAUCAAGCGAUUGAAACACGUUUUGUCUUAAAGGAGCGGUUUGUCAUUUUUCUGGCCCAGUAAUCAUUUCCUAAUUGUAUAAACACCAUAAAUCUAUUAGUUGUAAUAUCACCCUUAAAUAAUCCUGAAGAUUUGUUUUGUUUUAAGCUUAUGUUUUAAAGUUUUCUGGCCCUGAAAUGAAUACAGAUGAAAUAUUUUGUGUGUGUGUGGUUUUUCUUUAAUAUAAAAUGCAGCUUCUCAGGCAUUUGAGGGACAUGUGAUGAGAUUGAACAGGCAGGAGAUGGCACUAAAAUGUUACAAACCGCUUCUUUAAAAUGAUGCACAAACCCACCGGAGUUUGAUAAAUAUGAUGUUUUGUUUUUCUGUUUUUUCUCAGAUGUAAUACUUGACCUUUAGCUAUACUUUGAGAUCCCAUAUGCUGGAAAAUGCUUCACGAUUCCAUAGUGUGUGUGUGUUUCUUUUCUUAAUAUAUGGCUGGACUGUAGCGACAUGCUGACCGGAGAACAUUCUGGAUCUUCUGCCUGAUAUGAACUGAUUAAUAAACAUCAUGAUUUUUUUUUUUGAA